AUGAAGAGGUUGCAAAAAAUGAGUGCAUAUGAGAGGGCGAAGAAGGUGUACGAACGGAUUCAAGAAGAAAAAGCUAGAGAAAAGAUCAUUCGUCAAGAAGAACGUGAAAAAAGACAAGCCAAUUUCCAAAUGUAUCUUCAUUCCAAGAAGAAACGUAAUAAAGUGCUUCGCAAGUGCAAUAAAAAAGGCCAGCCGAAUUUGGGUGCACAGGUGGAGAUACUAUUAGAAAAAUUAGAAAAGGAGGACAAAUGA